CUUUAUCCACGGAAGCCAACUUGACUACUUUCCACUCCGCAACUGAACAAGAGCUCCGUCACUUUAUCGAGAAAACAACACUCAAUAACCUCCUCUCUCAAACUCACAAUGGAUCCAUUCUCAGCAGAAGGAGAACUCAUCAACAUUCACAAUGCCUUCCACCAAGGCCAAUACCAAGCCGUCAUAGACUUCGACACGUCCUCUUUCUCGCCCGAAAACGCCCUUCCAGCACGCAUUCUCCAGCUCCGCGCCCAAAUCGCCCAGGGGAACACAGCCGACGUUCUCGCAGACAUCGAGGGCGAAGCCGACCAAACUCCCGAUCUAGGCGCCGUCAAGGCCCUCGCGCAAUAUCAAUCUGGAAACGCAGAUGCUGCGCUGCAACUAGCCCAGGAUCUGGCGGAAAAUUACCCGGAUAAUGCUACCGUGCAAGCUCUUGGUGGGACGGUGUUGCAGGCCGCGGGGAAGAGUGAGGAGGCGUUGAACUUGCUGUCAAAGCAUCAAGGUAGCUUGGAGGCUGUGACAUUGAUUGUUCAGAUUCAUCUCCAGCAGAACCGAUCCGACCUUGCACUGAAAGAGGUCCAGGCUGCGAAGCGCUGGGCGCAGGACUCUCUACUGGUUAAUCUUGCUGAGUCGUGGGUUGGGAUGAGAGUUGGCGGCGAGAAAUACCAGUCCGCAUUCUAUGUUUACGAAGAACUCGCCUCCGCCGACAGCACUUCAGCGCCGCUUUCGAUCGUGGGACAGGCCGUUGCAGAGAUCCACCUCGGCCGACUACCGGAGGCUGAAGCCGCGAUUUCUGCCGCUCUCGAGAGAUACCCGAACGACACUGGGCUGAUUGCGAAUUCGAUUGUACUGAAUGUGUUGGCCGGGAAGCCCUCGCAAGACUUAGAAGAGCGCCUUCGAGAGACCGAGCCGUCGCACGCUCUACUAGCCGAUAUUCAAGAAAAGAGUGAAUUUUUCGACGCUGCUGCUGCUAAAUACUCUGCAAAGGUCUCUUCAUAGAUAAUCUGUUUAGUCUUGUGUCUUUAAUUUAUGAAUUGAUAUGACGGCGAGCUAUCCGGUUCUAUAUUCUCUCCCAAUAUAGGCUACACAAACAAUUUCUUUUCCUUCCGGUUCUCUGUUUGGUCAAGUUCCAAAAUUACUAAGAGUAUGAUAUUAUGCGAACACCAACUGCUAUAGCGUAUUAUAAUUGGCGGUUAAAUGAGUGAGGCUCAUAUAUAAGCAAACACGAGC